CUUGUCAGAGCCAGUUGGUGUCAUUGUAUAACGUUUGAUUAAGGAAUUCAGAUGAUGAUGAUGAUGAUCAUCAUCAUCAUGAUGAUCACCACCGGUCCUGCUUACUGAGGACCGGUGGUGUGUUCAAAGCCCUUCACAAAUUUUUAUUUUCCUAUUUUUUUUCUCUACAUAAAAUGCACCUAUGUAAGCAGUAGUCGUGGGAGAACAAUAAAAAAAUAUUUUUUUUGUUUUUCUUGUGGUGACCUCAGGCUCAUGUUUUCAGUAAUCAUGAUCUCAAAGAGGAUGGGGGGUUCAUGCUUUGUUCUUGAGUUAACUUCAUCACUGAUCAGAAGUACUCAAAUCUGUGCACACAGGCUCAUGUUGACUGUAUUGUCUUGACAGAAUGUCUGAGUCAACAUGAGCUCAGUGAGAAGAUCAAUGAGUAACCGACCAUGAUGACGACGCUCAGUUAGGUCAGAGCUGUAAUCUGCAGGCGGAUGACGUCAGAGUAAAUAUGUCAGUAUGACAAUAUGUCGCAGAGAGAGUAGAGCAUUUUUUAUUUCAUUUUUCUUUUUUGCCCUCUCAGUUUUUGGUUCAUCAGCAAAUAGAAUUAGAUGUAAAAUAUAUAAUAGAUAGAGAGGAAUUGAUUCUUUGUGUGUCUCAGCUGCUUUGUUUUAAUGUCGGUGUUGUUUACUCACGAUGCAGCCCAGAAGAGGAAAAAUCCAUAAAGAGGAUAUAAAAUCACCGUGAUAUCUUCGAUAAUGUACCUUUUUUUUGUAUUCCCGACAAAUAAUCGCAAAUAAAUCGUUAAUGUUCAACGUCGGGCCAGCUGACUGAGAAAUUGAAUUGUAUUGAUGUAAUGGCCUUUAAAUAAUUUAUAUGUGGGGAAAAGUAAAAGGGGCUGCGCUUUGGAAGAGAGAAAAAAUCAAUGAGAGAGAGAGAGAGAGGGCACUAAUGAGAAAGAAAGAGGAACAGACAGACGAGAGAGAGAGAGACACAGACAGAGAUGAGAUGAGAGGGGGGAAUCAGAAGAGACAGACGGUCCGGCAGAUGGAUGGGAACCCCACCCAGGCCUGUUUCCUCUCCGCCCGCUCAGUGGUGUGAUAAGCAGCUGAAGAGGAAGUCAAGUUUCAUUUCAUCAGGACAUGUGAGGGAGGAGGAUUAUUGUUUCUCUUUGCUGAGGAAGAAUCUGUGAAGCUCCCCGUGUGUGGGACAUGCUGUAGGCUGUUCAGCCACAGACAGUCUCCAUCCGAUGACCUCACAGCCACCUGACAGGCCAAAAGAGAACAAUAAUAAACCCGGUGGUUCACAUCCUCCACAAUUUGUCUCCCACACCUGAACGUCUCACACAGAGCAGAGGGAUUUCUACUGUUUUCGCAGCCUUAAAAUGUGUCUGGCUAAGUAUCUUUGUUCGCCGCCCAAAUUGGCUCGACUUGAAGAGUCCCAAGCUGCUGCCAGUCUUGUUUAGCUCUGGCACGAUGCCGCAGUAGCUUUGCCCCAGGAGGUAGAGACGCGCCGUUAGACUGUAACCCUGGACGAAGGCCCUCUCUCUCUCGAGGGAGCAAGACUUGGCUUCAGCCGUCUGCGGAGCCGUCUGCUCAUCAAAGUACCUGAGAGACUUGCUUUGUUUGGACAUGUGGAUCCUGCCAACACGGUUUCUGUACCAGUCUUGGAAAACAAUCUAGUUGUGAGGUUUACAGAGACCCAGCCAUGGAGGGUCUUGAGCAGCUUGACAUGGUGGGUGACAUCAGCCCAGCCUUGGAGGCCACUGAGGACUUUGUCCACUGCAUGGAUGGGAUACAAGGCCAAGGCUCAAGCCAGGCUCACCCAGGGAACGUCCAGCCUCUCAGGCAGCCAAAGCAGCUGCAGGAGGUGUCCACUGCCGCACUGGGGAAGCUGAGCUCCAGCGGCGUAUGGAGCCUACUGGCUGGAGAACAGCCGGAGGUGGGGCCUUUAGGCCUGGCGUGGGCCGACAACUUCAGCGUUUUGGGGCUGGGGAUGGGCCUGAGGCACGGCAAGAGGAGCAGGGCGCGCUCCACCAACGACCUGGCCGCCCACACCAAGGAGUGCACCAACAACACCGCCAACACCUCGUCCAAGUCGGCCUUCAAGAAGGGACACAACCGGUCCAGAUCCGACUUCAAUUACCGGCCGUCUGCCUACACGGACAACGGGCUGCCCACAGUGGACUGCAGCACCCUGAAGAACAUGAUCCUCAACCACCAGCAGCAAGAGGCUGAUAAAAGCAGCAGUGGCAGUGUGGUGAAGCAGGGCGCGAUGGAGCAGCGUGAGGGGCCACGGGGCCGCUGGACACACUGUCACGUUGAGCUGACGCCGUGCGAGCUCCGGCUCUACACUCUGGACAGCAGCGCCAACCGCCAGCUGGGCACUGCCUACUCCCUGUCACACUGCCAGAGCGUCAUCUCGCCAGCGCCCUACGGCCAGCCGGGCCAGAUCGGCCAGCCCGCCGAUCAGCGCACGUUGCAGGCUUUGUUCUUCAACAGCACGCGUCUCCAGCUGAGGGCGGCCAGCCAAUGGGAGGCUCUGCAGUGGAGGCGGCUGAUGUGGGAGAAGGUGCAGGCGGUCCGACCGGUGAGGCAGGAAAACCGCCCGUGUAAGACGGCGGUGGAACACCAACAGGUCAAGUUUGCUGCACCCAUGUCCCCCUCGUCGUCCCCCUCUCCUUCAGGGCUCGACACCAGGCCCGACGAAGAGAGCGACACCCCCACCUCAGCGGAGGCCUCGCUGUCUCUCCAGUCUAACUCUGGCAACAUGAGCAGACCCACCACCCUCCCGCUGUUCACCCAACGCUGCCAGGACGUCCUCAGAGCAGGUCUUCUGCACCAGCUGAUGGACCAGAACAACUGGCGGAGCUUCACUUUCGUCCUGACCAGAUCUGCUCUCCAAGCCUUCCCCACCGAGGGGCGUGGGUCCGUGUCCAAGUCUCUCCACCAGUACUCCCUGGCCUCCUGCCUGGCCGUGCAGCAGGAUCAGGAACCGGAGAACGGAGAGACGUGGAAGGACAGAAGGGAACAUUUCCAAGUAGUUUUCCCCAAAGACGUGCUCCGACUGCGGGCUGACGAUCACCUCAAGGCGCGGGAAUGGGUGGAGACCCUGCGAGAGGCAGUGGGAGCGCAGAGGCCUGCACAAGGAGAAGGAGGAGGAGGGGGCGAGUCGGGAGACGGAGCUCCAGGCCUCCAGGGAGUGCUGUUAAGAUCCAGACCGUCUCGUGAGAGGAGGCAGCGGGAGGCCCAGAGAGCCAAGAGGCAGUCGGUCACCACCAGCUUCCUCAGUAUCCUCACGUGUCUGGCUGUGGAGAAGGGGCUCACCGCUCAGAGCUUCAGAUGUGCAGGUUGUCAGCGUCCAGUCGGCCUGUCCAGAGGAAAGGCAAAGGUGUGUUACUACAGUGGCUGGUACUACUGCCAGAGCUGCCAUCAGGACAACUCCUUCCUCAUCCCAGCUCGCCUGCUGCACAACUGGGACACCAGCAAGCACAAGGUUUCCAAACAGGCCAAAGAAUUCCUGGAGUUUGUGUACGAGGAGCCGCUGCUCGACGUGCAGCAGCUCAACCCUUGUCUGUACGAGCACUGCGAGCCGCUCAGCACGGUGCUGCGUCUCCGCCAGCAGCUGCAGUCGCUGCGGGCCUACCUGUUCAGCUGCAGGGCAACCAUUGCCGAGGACCUCCGACGAAGGAUCUUCCCCAGGGAAUACCUGCUCCAACAUAUUCACCUAUACUCCAUGGCAGACCUGCAGCAGGUGAUCGAUGGCAAACUGGCUCCCUUCCUGUCCAAGGUCAUCAAGUUCGCCAGCUCCCACGUUUUCAGCUGCAGUUUGUGUCGAGAGAAAGGCUUCAUCUGCGAGCUCUGCCACAACGAACAGGUCAUCUACCCCUUCCAGGACAACGCAACCAGGAGGUGCGGCGGCUGCGGCGCCGUUUUCCACACCGCGUGUCGUCAGAAAGCCCAGCCGUGUCCCCGCUGCGUUCGCCGGGAGCUCCACCACAAGAGGCCGUCCUCCUUCUGGUCGCCCGACGACGACGACAGCCCCGGGUGCUUUCACCUGCCCUACCAGGACACCUGAGACGCACACACUCGGACACAGUAACGCCGGGCCAUGAUGCUGGACAAAGUGUCUGUUUUUUCCUGAUUGGCGUUUGUGUGUGUCCAGGACAGUUGUGCUCGGAGGACGAGCUCUGACAAUCUGGUUUGCGUUUUUGCGCGUUCCACACACACACACACACACACACACACACACACACACACACACACACACACACACACACACACACACACACACACACACACACACACACACACACACACACACACACACACACACACACACACACACACACACACACCCCCCCCCCCUACCUGAGCUGAGCUUUGUCCGACUGUACAGAGCAGGGAGGUCAACUACAGACUGAACUACUUGUAUUUUGUAGUCAACCAUCUUCACACAUCAUCGUCCACGUCCUCCUCAUCCCCUUCACCACUUCCCACUUCCUUCCCAGGGGGUUACACAUGUGGAAUCACUGCUGGGAAACUGAAGAACUCUUGCCAACGUCUUCCCCCUUCUCACAAGGUCACACACGAGAGGAGAGAUGAAACCGAACCGAACAUGUUUGAACAAUCAGUUCUGGCGAAACGUUCUCUGGUUCCAGCUCGUCGGGUGAAGACGACGCUUUGCUCCUUUUUCUUUUGGUGAAAACAAAAGAAGCUGAUUGGGAACGUGUGGAUUUAUUGUCUUUGUUUACAGACUAAAUAAUUACCAACUGAUCAAUCUAAUAAGAAUAAUCAUGGGGUGUUUAAGUGAUGGUGUGGCUGUAAGAUAUUUGCAGCUGUCGUCCCCUUGGAUUCACGUCGGUUAUGACAAAUGGAAUCUAAUGUUUAAGGAAAUGUUCACUUUUAGUCAAGUCCGUCUUAAAACCACCGUCACGUGCUCAUGCACAUUGAAAGAGAAUCUCUUUCCUCCUCGUCAAACUGUCCAACACAAAAUCCAAAUGAAUUUAUUCUUCUUUUUUGUGUUACUGUCCCACAAGGAAACACCUUUAAGGGAACCAAAAAAAAAGGGAAUAUUGUUUGUUAAUGUUGGAAAUGAAAAAAAGCUCCUCUAACCAGCAGUAGUAGAUGAUCCUUACAGACUGAAUCCAAACUGACCACAACUGCUGCUGCUCGUGAUGUAGCAAUAUAUACAAACAGUCACAUUCAAAUCUCUGAGAUUUUGGGCUUAUUUGUGAUUUAACUUAAACCAUUAGAUAAUUCCUUCAGAUACAAUAGGGCCUUACGCCUGUUGGUGCUCGGGCCCUAAUAAUAAUAAUAAUAAUAAUUAGUAAGUACUGAAAUCCCUCUUUCCUUUAUCAUCACAUCUCAUUCUCUUCAGACUGAGUAAUUUCACCCGUAGAUGUGCAAUGACAGACGUUUAACUCAUCUCAUUUUCAUCAGUUACUCUUUAUGUAAAUGGGAAAUGUGAAGACUUUAAAUUCUUGAGCACAUUUUCUUCUCUCUAUCGUUCUUACUGUAAAAUAACCGGGGCAAUAAUAUACUGUAACUUCUCUUUCGUUGUUGCCUUCCCUGCUCCUCUGUGAUUCCACUUCCUGUUGUGCUUGACUCAUGCAGAAUCUAUCAAACGUUGAUAGCGGCUUUAGCUUUUAGUAUCUCUAUGCAACCUAGACGGCCUUUUUUAAUGACUCACUGCUUUCAUACGCGUACAGGUCCGGAAACACCCGUUCACAUUGUCUUCACUUUAUCACGACGGCUUUGUGUCCAUACAGUUAUAAAAACACAUUUUACAGAAAUGUUGGAAAAAUGAAAUCAAUUUGAUUGAAUUCCUGAAAGACAUAAACUAACUCAAAAGGAAAAUUUGCAAAAAUCUAAAAUAUGAUUUUAAUUAAACAAAAUUUGACCCAAAAUGUUUAAAAAUUUAAAACCUUUUGGAAAAGAGAAAUAAAUUUCAAAAAGCUGCACAACCUGAUUUUGUUAGUUUCUCCGACUUCACAAAUCUUCUCCCAGCUAACGUCGGAUCACAUAUUUUUGAAUAAUCUAUCAUAAUAGAUUCACGGUGUGCAGCUUUUAAAGUUUGAUUUUGCCAUAACUUCCGAUAUUUUGGAUGAAAAUGUGACUGCUGCCUCUUCCUGCGACUUGUUUUCCAUUUUUCCUGAUUUUCAUUUCAGUGUGGAUUCUUUUCCCUUUUCACUCUGAGGCUCCGUCUGUUUUUCCAUCUUUUCGAGCAAUAAAACCGGUCAGAAAAGGGAAUUUUAUUUGUGAACAAGACUUACGAACCCCAGUUUAUGAGGGAAAUAUGUAUUUGCAGAGAUCACAGACUGACAGUUAUUCGUGUUUAUGAAGUGUGUAGGAAACUAGACUGUAGACUGAGACUAAAUAACCCCGUAGUUUUAAAUGUGGCAGGAAAAGUGCACUGACGUGUAGAGUUGAAUUUAAUGUGUUUUUAGUUUGUUUUGACUUUGUUUUGAAGAUGAAGUCAUGUCGGGGGAAACUGAAGUGAAGUGGUAUUAAGUUAUUGUUGACUGGUUGUGCCUGCUGCAUAAAAGAAAUAGUAUUUUUUGAUAUGUAUUUGUUUUGUUUGUUUGUUGCUGUGUUUUAAAAAUCAUUUAUUUCAUUUUUGUAUGCGUGUGACCGACGUCGGGAUUUAUUUGUGUUUCCGUGUUUUGUAUGUUCUGCACAAACCUAACUGAGCCAGACUCAGUAACUGCCAUAUUUCAGACCGGAGCCCUAUAAUUUUUCUUUAUGUCAUUCAUUACUAUUUGUUACAGGUGAUUGGUUAGUCUGAUAAGAAGAAAAAAGCCUGAGCCUGGGCCGAGUCCGGAGCUUUACGUAGCAAAGCAGCCUCGACCCGACGGCCGCCGUUUUCAGUUUCUCAGAUUAUGAAUUAAUGAAAUACGUCUUAGAACAUUAUGAUGCCAUGUAAAAUGUGUUUUUUGAGGGCAGGUAAAUAUCCAAAUGAAGUAGUUUAAGAUCAUGUACAAGCACAGAGUUUCUUGAGAUGCGUUAAAAUUAUGUCUUAUGUAUUAGGCGUCUUUAAUUCUGAUUGCCUGGUGAGGAGACUCAGGUAUUUGGGACAAAUUCUUCAUAUUUUCUGUCAUAAACCCGUAUUGAGUGAACAUGAAUUGUUAAUUUGUAUGCACAAAUGAGCCCUAAGCAGAUUGAACUCCCAACUUCUGCUGGGUUGAGUAGUUUCCCUUUACGUAGCUGCAGCAGCUCACUUCUCUCGAAAACUUAAAUUAAUUUUCUUGUAUUUGUUUUAUGCAUCAUGUCCACACAACUUGGAAGUGCAGGUUUGUGUUCAGUUGAUUUUGUUUGAAUGUCUUUCUUGUGUCUUUUAUUCCUAUCUGGAUUUAGAAGCAUAAAUAUGAACAAAGUUUCAAUUCUGUUUGUUGUUUUUUUUUUUUUUGUUAAGAUAAUUUUUCCAUGAUAAGUUUUGAUUUUCAUUAUGAGUACAUUGUAUUGUGUUUACAGGUUGAAUGAGUGCAGAACUGGAAAUGUUCUUUAUGUCGCAGGCACAUUGUGAUCGUUGCAGUAUUUUUACAUGGCGCUUGGGGGAGAAUAUAUUGUACAGUAUUUAAGCAGAGUAACUGGACUGAAACUUCUCUAUUUUGCACUUUUUAAGUUAUUUUUUCAAGUUUUCUUUACACUGCAGACAAAUACUUAUGCAAGUACAAGGGAGGUGAUUCUUCUGUUCAAUCAGCACUUUCCCUCGCGUCUGGUUUGGCUCAAAGCCUCUGUUCGCUCGCCACCGAUGCCAAUAAAGACGAACGUCUUGAAGAUGAAA